GGAUGUGUUUCUAUAGGCAUAUUGUAGUAAGUGUAUUUCUUCUGGUCACAGUAGCUGUUCCUCAAUCUCAUGGAUUACAAAAUGGCACCUCAGAUGAAACAGCCAGAAUUGCAAAUAGUGAAAAUCCAAUUCAGAAGGUAUUGGAGCAAUUUUUUGUCAAAAAGGCGAAAGGAGUCGAAAUGGAAAAAACUAUCACAGAAAUGACGUCUAUAAUCAAAACUUUGAAGACCACUAUUGAAGAAAUGAAAUCUUCUAUUUCGUCACUCGAAAGAGAUAUUGCAAACAGGAACGAAUUCAGAUGUGAAUCAGGUGGUUUAGGACAACACGCCGCUCCGCCACCCACUUGGCCUUAUGGACAAACAAUCAAAUUCAAAACCGCCUUCCAAGAAACACCAACCUUGACAUACGGUUUAUACCUGCUGGAUUCAGCUGGUACAGUGAACCUUCGUAUAAGUACAGAGGUAAAGGAAGUUACCAGGACAGGAUUUAGUGUAAGCCUCACAAGAUGGGCAGACUCCGUGUUGUAUGGAGCGAGAGUUAGCUGGAUGGCUUGUGGAAGAUAAACUAUAUUUCACUAUCUUAGAUAAUGUCUCUAUAUGUGCAAUAAAUAUUUGAAUUUAC